AUCAUUUUUGCCCCAUGUCCUCGAUAAUUCACCAUGCAUGUUCACCGACGACUGGGACCCACACUGUGUACGUUAAAGGAGUAACGAAUGGCAUAUCCUAAAUUGGAAAUCCCAAAGCUACUGACCCCCGCCAACUUGGCGGUGACUCGAACUGAAAAGUAAGCAGAGUUUCACGGUUUUACAUGUAGUGUGGGGCACUCUCGACUUUCGGUUUCUAUUCAACUUUAGUCGCUCCUUUACUGGCGUUCCCAGUGCCCUCAGGCUGCUCAUGCCAGCGAUGUUCCCCUCUAUCAUCGAUCCUGUUGCACGCAAUAUCGCUAUAAUAACAUCGACAUGUACUGUGCUCAUGGUCCUCGAGUAUUUUUGGUUUGUAAAAGACGAAGUUCGGUUGGUUUGGCCGCGAUUUCUGAAGACCACAGAAGCAAAGUUUUAUAUGGUGACCAGGUAUGCUGGCUUGGCCGGCCAAGGCUUCAACAAUUGGUUUGCAUUCAGGAUGGUCUCUGGAGUUCUCAACAGUCCAUCCACUUGCAGAGCAUGGUACUUGUACCAGACCAUAACGACCCAAUAUUUGCUGUUUUCAGUAGAGUUAUCACUCAUGCUGCGGGUGUACAAGAUGUACCAUAAAGACAAAUCUAUCUGUGCACUCUUGAUCAUCUUUGGUGGCACACAGUUUGCCGCCAUGGCAGCCAAUGCUCGAUUGAUGAUCACUGGCACUCGCUAUUUCCCCACUUGCGUCAUAAUCUCGCCUCAUAACAGUCGCAUCUAUGUCGGCACAUCCGGCUGGUCAGAAACUCCGCGUGCUUGGGUCAGGCUUGCGGUCCGCGACUGUACCUGCACGGCCAUUGCGAUAACAACGAUCUUAAUCUUUAUGUUUCUCUGCAUCACGCGCAUCGUCAAGACACAGAUGAGUGGAAACAUCAUCUUUUACGUACUGUUUUCCUGCCUUUGGUUUGCUGCUGGACGCAUAGUCCUUCACCAAGAAAAGUUUCGUCACACCCAAGAUAUCCAGAAGGCUGUUCUUCCUGACCCAAGUCGAUGGACUCAGACGGUCGAGGUGGACCCUGAUGACAUUACACCUUUUGAUGACCUUGAUGCAUGUCCGACAAGUCCCUCCGACUUGAAGGCCGAGUCAUUUGAAGUUUCGACCUCGUUCGAUUCUAUGUCAGGAAUGGGGGAUAUCGCUGACGAACUUUGCGAGGACAAUAUACCGCUGUCGAACUGCAUACCUGCAUUCAUGCUCAUCGAAAGGUGCAGCAGUAACUUAGGGUAUGUGUCCGAAGAAGUUAUACGGUACAUCCCGCUCUUUGAUCAGAUUCAGACUACUACGGCCGGUACGCGCGUCGACUAUCUUUUGUCCCGUGAGAACUUGACAUGUCUGGGCCCCGAUGUCGUGAGCAUACAUGAUUCCUCAUUCCGUUUCAAUCCUACCCGACCUUCACUACCGACUUCUCAACCGCUUCAUCCACCGCUUCAACUCUCUUUCAGAUGA